CACAGUAUCCUUGUGAGCUGCCCAAGUACCUCUUUGUACCUAACAAGCUGUGUGUAAGAGGCAUAAUGCUGCGGUACAUUGUAGCCUUCUGUCUCCUGGCUGUGUGCUGGGCACAGGACUGCCAGGUGGACAACAUCCAGGUCAUGCAGAACUUCAACAGGACCAAGUAUGCAGGGACAUGGUAUGCUGUAGCAAAGAAGGACCCUGUGGGUUUGUUCCUACUUGACAACAUCGUGGCCCAGUUCAAUAUUGCAGAGGAUGGCCAAAUGACUGCCACUGCUGAGGGCAGAGUCAUCAUUCUCCAGCAGUGGGAGCUGUGCGCCCACAUGUUUGCCACCUUUGAGGACACUUAUGACCCUGCCAAGUUCAAGAUGAAGUACUGGGGAGCUGCAGCCAACCUGCAGACUGGAUAUGAUGACCACUGGGUGAUCAGCACUGACUAUGACAACUACGCUGUCCAUUACGCCUGCAGAGAGAAGGGUUAUGAUGGCACCUGCAUAGACAGCUACUCCUUCGUCUUCUCACGUCAUCCAACAGGCCUGAGGCCAGAGGAUCAGUACAUUGUCACCCAGAAGAAGCAGGAAAUCUGCCUGUUGGGCAAAUACAGACGUGUUCAGCACAACGGUUUCUGCCAGGCCAGAUGAUCUGCAUACAUUCAAGCACUUUCUU